AUGCCUCUGCUCCUUGAUACCUCUUAUCGUCGAUUCCGUCUUCAUUCCGUCUCUUCUCCCUUUACUCAUUCCGUCGACGUUCCGUCUCCUCUCUCCCCUUACUCGUUCCGUCUUCAUUCCGUCUCCUCUCUUCCGUACUCAUUCCGCCUUUCCCCUCUCCCUUCUCCCCCUCUCUCCCCCCACUCCUCUCCCACCGUUUCGCUCCCGCCUACUGAUCGCGCCAAACGCUCCUCCCUCCGAGUGUGUCGGCGGGUGGGUCUGAGGGACGUAUCGCUCUUCACCUCGCCAGACCUCGUGGAUGGCAGGGACGCUCAGCGUUCCCCUCAUGUCCCCCUUGCCCCCCUCCUCUCCCUGUUUCCUCUCGCUGCGCGUACCCGUCUCCCCAGGGAGAGCAGCGCGCAGGGGAACAGUGCCACAGGUGCUGCAGCUGUGACAGGAGCUGCAGAAGCAGCAGGUGUAGCUUCGCAUGCACAUGCAGGUGAUGCCCAGAAUGCACCUGCAUGGUUUGGACUGAAGGAGGAGGAGAGGCGGAGCAUGGCGGGUGCUGCACCUGCCGGCCUGCCGUCGCUCCGCGUGCAUGGGAGGGCCGUGGGGGGAUGCGUGGAGCAUAUCCGCUUCUUACAAAAAAACUCCUCAUCGGCCUCACCCAACCCCAGCUGCCCGUUUGUUGGACGUGGCGACGGCGAGGGCGCGGCAGGCGGGAA